AUUCAAAAAAGUAAUAAGUGGGUAAGCGGCCCCAAAUUGAAAUUACGAAAAAUUAACAAACACUAUUAACAACUAAUCGUAAAGUUUUGUAAUUAAUUAAAAUUAAUUAAUGUGACCAUUUAAUUGCCCAAUUCCUUCACAAAACAUGUUUUUUACGAUAAUUCCCUUGCGCAACUUAACCUCACUUUUCGUAAAAAUUCCAUCAGCCCUUUAGAAUGUAUUACGCAACAUGUAAAAAUGAUGCCGUCGCCGUCAUGGCAGCCCCCCGAGCGCAGGUCGCUCCUCUACUACCUGAAGCUCAUCACCGUAGAGCCCACCAUGGUCCUCUACAUGAUGGCCUUCAUGACCACGUCCGUGGUCGAGCAGGCCUUCUUCGUGAACAAAGCGUGCCGUGUCAACCACGGCCUUAACGCCUCAAUUUGCGACAACCUCACCGAGUACGAAGAGCUCAACAAGGAGGUCCAGGUGACCGUCUCGGACUUCCACUUGUACAACGACGUGGCGGGCCACGUGGUGCCCAUCAUUCUGGCGCUGUUCAUGGGGGCUUGGUCGGACAAAAGGGGGCGAAAGCUGCCACUUUUGAUCGGCCUCACCGGGAAGUUGUACUACUCGGUGAUGGUCGUGGUGAACGCCACGCAGGAUACGUGGCCGGUGGAGUAUAUUGUGUAUACGGCGACGCUGCCCAUGGCGUUCACGGGGGCUGAUGUGGCCAUCUUUGCGGCGGCUUUUACUUAUCUGGUGGAUAUUUCCACGCAGGAGAGUCGGACGAUGAGGGUGACGCUGCUGGAAGUGUGCUAUUUGGCGACGAUGCCCACGGGGAUCGCCUUAGGGAAGGUGUUAUUCAACCAAGUCGUAAACAAGUCAUACGCUGUGAUGUUCGGCAUCAACGUCGCGCUUUUAUUUCUAGCGAUAGUUUACUCAUUUUUGAGACUAGACUGGCGGACAAACAGCCGCCAACAACCGCUGAGUGAAGCCCCGAAUCUCUUUACCGACUUUUUCGAUUACAACCACGUCGUGGACACGGGAAAAACACUCUUCAAGUCACGACGCAACAAUCAGAGGUGCUACCUCCUGAUUUUAAUCGCAAUGAUGGCGUUUUACACGUUUCAAAGAGACGAAAAAGCCAUGAGUUACUUAUACGUCCAGUUGAUAUUCAAGUGGACGUUUGACGAGUUUAGCAAUUUCCGAACAGUACAAUCGGCAAUUCAAGACGUUUUUCUCUUGUGUGCCAUACCUUUAAUGAGCAGGGUCUUGGGCUGGAGGGACACUAUUAUCAUCAUGAUCGGGGCCCUGGCACACUCAGUUGGGCGGAUUUUCUUCGCCACAGCCGACGAAUCCUGGAUGUUUUACCUAGGGGGCGUUUUUGCGGCCAUUGGACCCAUCGUGGCCCCCGUAAUCAGGUCAAUGGUUUCCAAGUUAGUGGCAAAUUCGGAAAAAGGUAAAACCCUCGCAGUGCUGGCAGUGGCAGACAAUGCUAUACCUUUAAUUUCCGGUACAAUGUACAGUAAAGUGUACAACGCAACAAUACAUACUCACCCUAACGCAAUUUUUUAUCUCACGAUGGCCACACAAAUGACCGUUUUUGUUUUAAUUCUAUUUAUUCACGUUAAAGCAAAAGAUGAGUAUCUCAUCCAUGAGGACGAGGAGGUGAAGACAGAGUGCCUCCGAGACGAUUGAUUCCUGACCAGUAUUGCUCAAGAAAACAACAAAACAUUCCUAAUUUUUAUAUUUGACUAGUUUUUUUGACAAUAAAUAAAUUAUUAAAAUCA